UUCCCUAUCCGGGAUUCACAGCCAUGGAGAGGCAUCAAAGCAGUGAUGGGGAAUGUGUCUUACUCGUCUGGGAACACAGAGCCCUUCCGCACCUUGCUUGAGCUCAGGGUCAGUGACACUGGAACCUGCUGGCCUGAGAAUUGUGCUGAAAAACCCAGCAAGGGGACAGAAAAAGACCUGGGCUUUACAGUCACCAAGCCCGGACAUUACCUGAUGGUGGUCUGGCUAAAGCUGGGAGAGAAAAUAAAGCCUUUUCAGAGGAAGGUUUGUCUGCCCCGUCUCAUAGUCUCUGCUUCGCCCAGCGUCCUUAUCACCUUAGACAUUAACACCACAAUACACUGCCAGACAAGCUGCCGCAUCACCAAUGGCGUCCUUCAGUGGAAACACGACAGAGAAAUCCGAGCUGAGAGGCAGGAGGAUAGCCUGCCCUUAGAUGUGACCCCUCAUCUAGUGAAUAUGGGGAUCUGGACCUGCAUCCUCAGCAUCGACAAACAGACAAAGAUGUCAGAGAACAUCACACUGGAAAUCAAGCCUCUCGUCACGUUGGGUUCUGGCAUGCCUUUUUGGUUGAUUGUUGGAGCCAGCAUCUUCCUACUUGUGGUUGUGGUGUUGUCCAUCUGUCUUCUAAGGUCCCAUUGCCGCAGAAAGAGACUUGCACGGCGCAGGGUGUGGCUUCUACAGAGUUUACGUCAGCACAGGACAUGUAAAUGUAAAAGAUUCUCACCAGAACUGAGAGAAAUAUACUGACCCACUCCCCUGCAGAGCAUUGCAUCAGUAACCUACAGAGCUGCAGAGCAUUGCUGCAAUAACGUCUCUGAUGAACAGAAAAUCACUAAUACAUUCCCUUAUUCUAAUGCCUAUUAAUCUCAAAGAACUGCAGAGCACCACACCAGUAACCUACAGAGCUGCAGAAUAUUGCAUCAAUAUCAUUCAGGACUGCAGAACAAUACACCAAUGCCCCCAUGCUUGCAGAGCCUAUGUGCAACCUGUACUUUGCCUGUUUCUGAGCAUCUGGGAAUGACAUCAAGCCUAUAAUGUGUUUGUACCCUUGUACCCCUUAGUCUGCUGGUGUUUUAUUUACAUGCUGAAUGUACCUCUUCUUGUUCCUUGUUAUUACUCAAAUAAAGUCUGUGAUCCCUUAA